AUAAGGGCGAAAAUAGUUGACGGUUGGAAAUAGGAAUAGCGAGAGAGGUUCUGCGCCGUUGCAUUUGCCUCUGCUUAUCCUCUGAGACGAAGCAGAGCAAAGCAAGACACGACGUCGUCACGCAAUUCCCACUUCGUCUCUCUCAUGUUCUAAGUUCUAACCGUAACAAACCUUAUCUCUCUCUCUCUCUUUACAGCUUCACCAAUGACUAUGAGUGGCUUAAUUUCCAACCGCAACUUCGGUUCCUUCCUUGCCCCAGGAAAUGGAUAUAGAUCGGGGAAGGAUAUAUCUAUUUCUGGUGUAGCUGUUGCUAAGGAUCCUUUUUCAAGAUGGCAGCAUAAGAUGUAUUUGCCUUUGGAAGAGAAAAUGCGAACAUCUCAAAACAGAGUGGAGCCUUGUUCUCUUGUAUCCCACCAGUCCAGUCAGUGCUUGAAUUUUAAACUAAGGGCUAGUGGAAGAAGUUGUUGUUCCUUCCUUUCUUCAGCUCCUUAUGGCAGUAACAAUGUUGAACAAAGGGAAGUUUAUAGACUUGGUUUGAGCAAAAGAAAGCAUGCACAAACUGAGGCUGGUAAAGCAAGUAAGUUCCGUGUUAAUUACAAGUCUGAGGAGUAUGACAUUGCAGAAACAAAGAUGAAACCACUGCAAUCAGCUGAAGGGACUGGGGAAGCCAUUCUUCUAGAAGGAAAUCUGCAGCAAGUAUCACCUUGGUGGCAGCAGUUUCCUAAGCGCUGGGUUGUUGUACUGCUGUGUUUUGCAGCAUUUCUGCUGUGUAACAUGGAUCGAGUAAAUAUGAGCAUAGCAAUACUUCCAAUGUCACAAGAAUUCAACUGGAACAGCGCAACAGUUGGCCUAAUUCAGUCAUCUUUUUUCUGGGGUUAUCUACUUACUCAGAUCAUUGGUGGCAUAUGGGCAGACAAACUUGGUGGGAAGGUAGUACUAGGUUUUGGAGUUGUCUGGUGGUCAAUUGCAACAGUUUUAACACCUAUUGCUGCAAGACUAGGGUUGCCAUGUCUGCUUAUUAUGCGUGCCUUCAUGGGAAUUGGUGAGGGUGUUGCAAUGCCUGCAAUGAAUAAUAUACUUUCCAAAUGGAUUCCAGUAUCAGAGAGAAGCAGAUCACUUGCGCUAGUAUAUAGUGGCAUGUACCUUGGUUCUGUCACAGGCUUGGCAUUCUCACCUCUGCUAAUCCAGAAAUUUGGGUGGCCAUCAGUGUUUUACUCAUUUGGAUCCCUUGGAAGUAUCUGGUUUGCUAUAUGGUUGAGUAAAGCAUACAGCUCCCCAAAAGAAGACCCGGAUCUUGGGGCAGAAGAGAAGAAGCUCAUACUUGGAGGCAACGUAUCAAAAGAACCUGUGUCAGUUAUUCCUUGGAAAUUAAUUUUAUCAAAAGCACCUGUUUGGGCUUUAAUAAUCUCUCACUUCUGCCACAAUUGGGGGACAUUUAUUCUAUUAACCUGGAUGCCUACAUACUAUAAUCAGGUUCUGAAGUUCAAUCUCACUGAAUCUGGGCUAUUUUGUGUCCUGCCGUGGUUAACCAUGGCUGUUUUUGCAAAUAUAGGAGGCUGGAUUGCAGAUACACUUAUUAGCAAAGGCCUUUCCAUAACAUCUGUCCGAAAGAUUAUGCAAUCAAUCGGGUUUCUGGGUCCUGCAUUUUUUCUUACACAACUAAGCCAUGUGAGAACACCCGCCAUGGCAGUACUUUGCAUGGCUUGCAGUCAGGGAUCUGAUGCAUUCUCACAAUCUGGUCUAUAUUCCAAUCACCAAGACAUUGGACCACGCUAUGCUGGAGUAUUGCUGGGACUAUCAAAUACUGCAGGAGUGCUUGCUGGUGUCUUUGGUACAGCUGCAACUGGAUACAUACUCCAACGAGGUUCUUGGGAUGAUGUAUUUAAGGUUGCUGUUGCAUUGUACUUAAUAGGCACAUUGGUCUGGAAUCUCUUUUCAACUGGAGAGAAAGUUCUUGACUGAAGAAUGUACUGAUGUCAAUGAAGGUGUAGGCUAUAUAUGCCCUAGAGAUUAAAAGAAGAAAAAAAAGACGGAACAAAAUCACCGACCAAAAUUGUCAAGUAGUACUUGGAAGCACAAAAGCAGCCUGCAGAAAUCGAAGAGAGCCACCAUCAAAGUUUUUGAUCAAAUAGCCAGGCCAUAACAUUUUGUCUGGAAAUCUUGGAUUAACUUGGGACCUUUUGCAAAUGCCCCGUCCCAUGAUCUAAAUACUUUCUGUAUAGAUGGUGGAUAGUUUCCACUUAUAUGACUUGAGCAGACUUAUUCUUAAAAUACAUGUUAUAUGAACAACUCUGCUUCAUCAUAUACUUUGCUAAGAAAAUUGGUCACACAGUUCUCUUUCUGA